AGGCAUCUCCCUUUCAGAUACCUUACUUCUCCAAUAGUCAACAUCCGUUCUCAGCUUCCCUUGGCAUUGGUUCUCAACUUCGCAUGAUGUCAGGCCUUGAAGAGAUCAAAUAAAAUGAAAGUUUUUUUGUUGAAGAGGGCAAUCUCAUCUCUACCCACAUCCAAUCCCAACCUCCUUUCUUCAUUCCAGCUCAACCAUCUUCUUCAACUCUGUAGCAAUUCAAAAGCACUGCACCAGGGAAAACAACUUCACCAACACAUAAUCCUCUGUGGGCUGGACCACCACCCUUUCAUGCUCACCAAAUUAGUCCAAAUGUACGCGGAUUGCGGCGACCUAGGCUCCGCACAAGCAUUGUUCGACAAAUUGUCGCAACCGAACGUGUUUGCAUGGACUGCAAUUCUUGGUUUUUACUCGAGGAAUGGAUUGUCUGAUGAAUGUGUGAGGACUUAUAGUGAAAUGAAAUUGAAGGGUGUUCUGCCCGAUAAGUAUGUGUUUCCUAAGGUGUUCAGAGCAUGUGGACAGUUGUUGUGGUUGGAAGUGGGGAUUCAGGUCCACAAAGAUGUGGUUAUGUGUGGGUGUGAGUUUGAUUUACAAGUCUGUAAUUCAUUGAUUGAUAUGUAUUCGAAAUCCGGGGAUGUUGGGAGUGGUAGGCGGGUUUUUGAUGAGAUGGUGGAAAGAGAUGUUUUAUCUUGGAAUUCGAUGAUCUCAGGGUAUGUGUGUAAUGGGUUUCUUGAAUUCUCUGUGGAAUUGUUGGCUUCUAUGAGAAUCAGAGGCUUUGAGCCUGAUAUAGUUACUUGGAACACUGUCAUGGAUGCUUAUUGCCGAAUGGGACUUUGUGAUGAGGCUUGGGAAAUUUUUGAACAGAUUAAAGAGCCUAAUAUCAUUUCAUUGACCACUUUGGUCUCGGGGUAUUCAAGGAUAGGGAACCAUGAAAAAUCCUUAGGGAUUUUUAGGGAAAUGAUGAGUAGAAGAGUGGUUUUCCCAGAUUUGGAUUCCCUUUCUAGUGUCCUUGUUUCUUGCCGGCAUUUGGGGGCUCUAGUAUGUGGUCAAGAAAUUCAUGGAUAUGGGAUUAGAAGUGUAGACAGUUCUUCAUUCUAUAAGUCAGCUGGAGCAGCUUUGUUGACAAUGUAUGUUAGGUGCAAGAGGAUACAAGAUGCGGUAAAUGUAUUUGAAUUAAUGGACAGAUUUGAUGUUGUUACUUGGAAUGCCAUGAUUCUUGGUUUUGUUGAUCUGGAAAUGGGACAUUUAGCACUUGAAUGUUUUAGUAAAAUGCAAAGAUCAGGGAUCAUGAACAAUCAAAUUACAAUAUCAACUGUUUUGCCAGCGUGUGAUCUAAAAUCUGGGAAGCAAGUUCAUGCCUACAUCACCAAAAAUAGUUUCAGUUCUGUCAUUCCUGUUUGGAAUGCAUUGAUCCACAUGUACUCCAAAUGUGGGUGCAUUGGAACUGCAUACUCUAUAUUUUCUAACAUGAUUUCUAGAGAUUUAGUAUCAUGGAACACAAUGAUAGGAGGGUUUGGAAUGCAUGGGCUGGGCCAAUCUGCCCUCCAGCUUCUACGAGAUAUGAGUCAUUCUGAUGUUUGCCCAAACUCUGUUACUUUUACUUCUGCACUUUCUGCUUGUAGUCACUCAGGUCUUGUGGAUGAGGGGCUGGAGCUCUUCCACACCAUGACUAGAGACUUUGGGUUCACCCCUGGAAUGGAACAUUUUUCUUGUGUAGUUGAUUUACUAGCACGUGCUGAUCGGCUUGAGGAUGCUGUUGGAUUUAUUGAAAAAAUGCCUUUGAAGCCCAGUAAGCAUAUAUGGAGUGCUCUGCUAGCUGCCUGUCGAGCCCAACAAAAUGUUAGUGUUGCAAAGCUGGCUGCAGAACAGUUAUUUCAAUUGGAGCCUGAACAUGCGGGAAACUAUGUGACACUCUCAAAUAUAUAUGCAAGGGCUGGUAGAUGGGAUGAUGCUGUAGCAGUCCGGAAGCUAAUGGAAGAUAGAGGAUUGGUGAAGCCAUCAGGAUAUAGUUGGAUUUGAAUUGGAAAUUAAACAAACAAAAGACCAAGUAUCUUUUAUAUGGUCUUCUAAAGCUUAUAUAUAGUUUGAAACAGCAGCAGAACCAGGGAAGGAGUUUGUAGGGGUGGUGGUUAAAAUAAUACCAAAAUACUUGCACAACCUACUAGUAACCAUAUAUAUUUUUAUUUCAUGGGGCUCAUUUGCCCCCUCUGGGCAUUGCAUGACUCCGCCGCUGGUUUGGAAGGUGUCACAUUUGUUAGUUUUCUUUCUGAAGCCAAGUCAGUGUUGUUCAUUUCAUGAAAAAUGGAACAACAAUUCAAACACUAAGGCAACCUGUCUGCAGGUGCAAUACAGCUCUGUCAGCUGCCUGAUCUUCUGGAUGUAGAUGGCCUGUUGAGUGCGAAGGUCUGCUCCACCAAUGAAGUGACCUAGAAGAGCAAGGAGAACCUUACACAGUUCAGUCAGAUGCCCUUUCAGGAACCUGUUCUGAGGGUGAAUCUCAAUGUUGGCCUUCCACCGCAUUGCAAAUGAAGGCACUAAUAGACAAGCUCCCAUCAGAUAAUUUGAUUGUGAUUUUAGCAAAAUGGUAAAUCCAACUAUUUAAGAUAUAGCUCAUAGAUAGUAUUUCAAUUGCAGAUUUGUCUACUUAUGAUCGGGGAAAGUAAAAUACAUUCAGAGAUUACAAGCUGCAUUCCAUUUAAUGUGGAAGAAGUUUAAUAUCGAUAGAUCAUUCAUUGUUUCUAAUUUUGAAUAAAACACUUGAGGAUGAUUUCAUGUUUCAUUAUAGGC